AUGCCUGAGCUGGAUACACCCGCGUGCACACUGGGAGCUCACCACGGCGAGAGGAAUGCCGCGCAAUCCCGCGUCAUUCUUGCAGACCGCAGAGCCCGCGAGGCCGCCGCGAUGCUGUCCUGGCUUGAGACACCGCAGGCCGGCGGCGACGCGCUUGCCGUGUUGUCGUCCGUCUUCGUUAUAAGUAUGCCAGGCGUCCGGCUGCUUUCAGGUCAGAUCCGAAGCACUAGCGGCAACCUCUAA